UUCCCGACCCAUGGGUUUCCUUUCCCCAAGUGCAGUUAAUGGGUGUCUCCAAUUCUCAAGGGUUUGCCGAAGUUUUUGGAAGGUGAAAGAUCAUGAUCAAGCUUCCUACCGUAGGGUCCCGAAAUGGACAAGCAUGGGAUCACAAGGGGAGAACAGAGCUUGUACAGAUUUUCAUUUCGUAUGAUGAUUCUGCUAUUAAAUUCUUACAAUUUCUUUAUGCUGAGAAUGGAAAGCUAGUUCUGUCUGAGCGCCUUGAUGGUAUCGAUAUCGGAAACAAAUUUAGCACAGUUACGCUCGGAUAUCUAGACGAGUUUCUAACAUCACUGAAGGCAAGUUGGGGCCAUGGGAAAUUGACUUCCAUCGAGUUCGGUACCAACCUAGGCAGACAUGGACUGUUUGGACGGGCGUACAAGGAUGACAAGCACUUUGAUUUCCAAAUGGGCAACCGCCGACCAUUCGGUGGAUUUCACGGCACUACCCAGUACGGUGUUCUGAAAUCCAUCAGGGUCUAUGUCAAGCCAAUCGCCUCGCUGAGCAACCUCAACUCCAAUCAACAGGUCAACGUCUCGAAAUCUGCCAGUAAAGCCGAAGUGAAGAUUAUCUAUUAUAUUUAGACCAUUGAUCUAUUAUCGAUCACCACCUCUACACUAGUUGGUGUGAUUAUGCCUUUAUUGUCUCGUUUGUUCAUCUGCACUUAGUUAUAGCUGGCAUCUUUUGUGUAAUUAUUGCCUUUGGUUUAUUUACCUGAAGAGUCUAAUUUAGCGAUUUAGAAUCAGAAUUCAGCUCCCGAAGUUGAACUCCGUGAAGCAAUCGCGCGACAGCGCAAACGAAUAUAGCUUCCUCUAAUAAGA